AUGCAGGAGACCUGGAUUGAUGCUUCUACUCUCGCGACUUCAGCUGUAGUCUAUCUCAAAGUCUCCAAUGGAGUAGGAGAGCCUCGGAUUUCUUUGGUCUGCGCGAAAACGAAAGUAGCCCCUCUCAAGCGGCUGACAAUAUCAAGACUAGAGCUCACAGCUGCUGUUCUUCUUGCCAAACUCGUGAAGUACGUCAAAGAUCAGCUUAAUCUCUCCGUAUGGAAGGAAUUUGUUAGAAACCAUGUCCAGCUCAUCCAGGAGAUUACGAACGUACAAUGGAAACUCGUUCCUGGCAAGGGGAACCCCGCUGAGUGUGCAUCUCGUGGUCUAACCACAGCUCAGCUCUCGUCGCAUAAGCUCUGGUGGCAAUGUCCAUCGUGGCUCAAGAAAAGCUCAUCGUCGUGGCCAUCUCUACACGUCUCCCCAGUGGUAUUAGACGACCUGGAGGAGAAGCCAGGUAUCAUGUUCAAUGUGAAAGUCCAGAGCCCAGAAAUCUGGGAUCUAGUCCAUCGUUACUCCUCGCUCAUUAAGCUGCUCAGAGUCACAGCCAUUUGUCAGCGUUUUAUUGCACCGCUAAACCCUGGUGGCAUCGAACAAGCUCGACUCUUCUGGAUCAAGGCCAGUCAGUCAGCGUAUUUUUCGACUGAGCUGACAACCUUGUCCAGAGCACAAAAACUUGGCGCAUCGCAUCCUCUCACUCGAUUGACAGUGUUUCUUGAUCACCAGGGAGUCCUUCGUGUUGGGGGAAGGCUAGAUUUUGCUCAGCUCGACAGCGAAAACAAGCAUCCAGUCAUUGUACCGAAGGAGUCUCGGUUUGCCCAGCUUAUCAUUAAGGAUGCUCAUCUCAGAACUCUGCAUGGAGGAACGCAGCUCACACUUGGCCAGCUCAGGCAAUCUUACUGGAUCUUCGGAGGAAGAGCUCCAGUUAGGUCGUUCAUCUUGAGUUGUGUUGCCUGCGCUAGACAGCGAGGAAUCGGAGCUCAACAGCUUAUAGGUCAGCUCCCCAUUGCCCGUCUCACCCCUGGCCACGCGUUUCUCAACACUGGAGUUGAUUACGCCGGACCAGUAUGGCUUCGCUCAUGGAAAAGACCUGGUCAUAAAUCAUACAAAGAAUGGCUCGCAAUCUUUGUUUAUAUGGCUACGUCCGCGGUGCAUCUCGAAGUCGUCUCCGACUAUACGUCUGACGGCUUUAUGUCCGCGCAUCGUCGUUUUGUUGCUCGGCGCGGGAUCUGCAAGAACCUCUUCUCGGACUGCGGAACAACUUUCUUAGAAGCCGACAAGGAGUUGAAAAAACUCUUCCCGAUGGCGUUCAAGGAAUCUGGUCGUAUGGCUCAUCUCUUGCUCAGCGACGGAACUCGGUGGUCAUUCAAUCCUUCAGGUGCUCCGCACUUUGGAGGGGAGUGGGAAGCCGCGGUGAAGUCGGUGAAGUUCCACCUCAAGCGAACGAUCGGCGACACUCUUUUGACCUUCGAGGAACUCACCACUUUGCUCGCACAGAUCGAAGCAGUGCUCAAUUCACGACCACUUGAGCCUCUUUCAGAAAAUCCCGACGACAUUAGUGCGCUCACUCCAGGAAAUUUCUUGAUUGGUCAGGCGUUGACAGCGCUAUCUGAGCCUUCUCUGGACGACUUGAACAUCGCUCGUUUGUUUCGCUGGCAACUCGUUCAGCAGAAUGUCCAGCGCUUUUGGAAAUGGUGGUCCACUAGCUAUCGUCAGCAUCUACAGUCGAAGUUGCACCACCACAGAAGAUCGUCUCGUCCUACGUUCGCUCAUCUCUACAACUGGAGUCAUCUUCAACUUCAUUCUCGACCAGACCUAGGCGAAGAUUUACGACCUUGGUCUUCGAACCUGGCCGCUGAGUGGAGGCGGGUCUGCUGA